AUGGCUUGGAGUUAUGUAAAAAUGUCAAUGUUCGGGACAGCCGCAGCAUACUCCAACGACGAUGAGAUCAUAGCCGCGGUGGCCGUCCUCACCCAGAUGCCACAAAAACGCCCUUGGAGAGGUUCGGUCCCAGGCCACAAGACAUACAAGCGUGAUCGACUGGCAGCUGAAUCAGGACUACUUCAUUGA